GUUCCUUCCCUCCAUUCAACUCGUUAAAACCCUAAACCCUUUGAUCGCUUCCCGAAGAAGAAGAAACCAUUCUCAGGAAGAAAAUAAUGCGGCCUCCAUUCAACUCCUUCCAUCCCCACCCGCGUCCACGUCCACAGCAUCAGAAUCUUCAGCGGCCCCCUAAUGGGUUUCAGUACCCAAUGCAAUCUCAUCAAAUUGGUGUCACGAACCCACAGUUGAUGAGCAAUCCAUUGACGGGUCACUUGAACAAUCUCAUACCCGGUAUGCAGUUGCAUCCCCAGUUCUUCAACAAUCAUCUCUCCAACAUGGCUCAACAGCAAUUCUCUUUGCCCUGCAAUAACCUCAACCAGUUGCUUCCAAAUCUCAUGGGGAAUCUUCAAUUUGCAGUAGCUAAUGCUAAUCUUCUAGGUCACUCGCUUCCUUUGCUUCAGCAAAACUUAAUCCAGCCUCUUCCUCCUCUCGACCUAUCUGCUUUGGCUUCUUCUCAACCCCAACUCAAUUCCUUUAACUCUCUUAGUUAUCCUUCAAUUCCAACGCAGAAUAAAAAUCACAACUUGCAGCCUCCUUCGGUUUUCUCAGAGCCCCAGUCACAGGGGCAAUCUGUAAAUACUUUCAGCAGCAACAACGGCAUUUCGAGCUCAAAAGGGAAUGCAUUCCAGAAUCGAUUUCCAGAAAAUUCGAAAUUCCGAGGCCAUGGUCAGGGAUCCCAGAGAUCUCAUUUCGAUCAAGCAGAUAAUGUGAAGAGAAAGUUCGGGUUCUAUAAGGAUCACAAGGGGAAAGGGCAAUACAAUAAGAUGGUAUCCAGACCCAAUGGUCCAGAUCCUACCAACUCAGUAAAGGAAAAUAAAAGCUCAAUUGCUUUGGUCUAUACGGACAAAGAAAUCCGACAAUGGCGUGAAGAGCGCCGUAAAAACUACCCAACAAAAGUCAAUGUUGAAAAGAAGCUUAAGAAAAUUAGUUCUGAUUGCAAUGUUGAUGAGGAAGCAAAAACGCGAAGCCAGCAACUCAAGGAGAUUUUGGCGAAGCAGGCGGAGUUGGGUGUCGAAGUUGCAGAAGUUCCGUCGUAUUAUUUCUCGAAUACAAGUGAAGAAGUUAGUAAAGAUAAAGUGGACAAUGGGCAAUUUGUUAGGAGCCAACAGGUUCAUAACAGACAUGAUAGAAAAGGGAGAUUUCAGAGUAGAAAUGGUAAGAGGAGACAUGGUGAAAAUGAUAAGUUUAGCAAGAAACCGAGGUUCCAAGACAGAAAUUCAGCCAAAGAAUCUUUCGUGAAUACGAGGAAACCUACGCUUCUCGAGAAACUCCUCAGUGCAGAUGUUAGAAGAGACAAACACAGGUUAUUACAGGUCUUCCGCUUCAUGGUAAUGAAUGAGUUCUUCAAGGAGUUGCCUGAGCAACCUUUGAAGUUGCCUUUGGUUUUGGUUGAAGAUCAUACUGGGAGAGACUCCUCUGGUCUCUGUAAGGAUACCGCAACUGACACGUUACACGAGGAUCAACAAAAUCAUAUUGAUGAUGAUGAUGAUGAUGAUGAUGAUGAAUGAUUUGAGAAAGAGAAUGACGACCAAGCUGCUAGAUGAAUGAACGAGAAAUCAAAGAAGUUUCAAGCAAGAAGGGGACAAGACAUAAUGGUAAACUCGAUUUUUGUGAGCAGAAAAGUAUAUAUACAACUUUAGAUGUGUGUAUAUGCCGUAGAUUUAAAUGUGGUGUCUAGAGAUAGGGUGUUUUUAAGGGUUGAGAGGUUUCAUUGAUAUUUGCAAACAGAUUGAAGAAAUAUUCGAGAAGAAAUACAAAUCAUGGAAAUCGAAAAGCUCAAAUGUGACCAAAUGGGUUGGUGGCUUUUCGGUUUCUAUGCCUUGGAUUCUUGAUGAACUCACAAAAUUGAGUUCACUCACUGCAGCAAAGUGUUGCAAGUUCUUGUAACAAUUCUGAUGGGUCGGAAGAUCAAUGUUGUCUUAUUGACGGGUGAUUGUUUCUGAGCUCUAAAUUCAGCUGUAAUGGUGACAUUCUUUCAGUUGUUUUUAUAGCCCAACAAAUAUAAUUUCUAUCUCCA